AUGAGCAGUCUCAGAGUCCUUAAUGACGCCUGUGUUCACGACAUCUUGAUCAAUUUGCCAAAGGAUGGUAUCUUACAACUUCGCGACACUCUCUUGGAAUGCCUCAUCAAUGUCUCCAACGGCUCUGAGCGUGACUUCCAACCUUCUGUAGGGGUUGUAAACCGGCCCGAGGGACAGAAAUGUCUUUUUCGACCGUUUUCGUCACCCGAAUAUUUUGGGACUAAGAUAGUAGUUACCCCGGCGCCGUCUUCAAAAGCCGCUGGAGCUUUGCACGGAGUCAUCACUUUAUGCGACAAGGACGGCUUUCCGACUGGCAUUAUAAAUGCCGAAGAAGUCACAGGUUACCGGACUUCACUUUGCGCUCUUAUCCCUUAUAUAUGGAGGCGCUACACGGAUAGAAUUGUCGUUUUUGGUGCCGGCAAACAAGCCUUGUGGCACCUUCGCAUAGCCAUAGCGUUGAGGGGAAACGAGAUCAAGUCCAUCACUGUCGUUAACCGUUCCGAACAGCGUGCCCAACAUAUGAUCGACCGGAUCAAUGAGGAGAAUAAGAAAAGAUGGAAGUCUUCAGCUGAGAUUGAGUACCUGAAUCCGUCGCGUUCGGAUUACGACACCAUACUUCAAGGCCGCCUAGGUAUCGCCGACGCUAUUUUUUGUACAGUCGGCAGUACAAGUCCCCUGUUCCCAGCUCACUUUAUAACGAACCGAAGCAAUACUGAACGGUAUCCAUUUAUAUCAGCGGUUGGCUCAUGGCAACCAGACAUGAUUGAACUGGAUCCCCAACUACUGUUACACGCGGCUGGACACGUUGACAAAGACUUCUGCUGGAAAGGGAAUUCGACGGGUGCGGUUCUUGUUGAUGACCGCCAGGCUGCCUUGCUACAUUCUGGAGAGAUUGUGCGAAGCAGACUUCAGGGUGAUAAUUUAGUGGAGGUUGGCGAGAUUGAGAUUCUACAAAAGCAAGCGAACAAUGCAGAGCUCUCCAAAUGGGUUAAAGAAGGUCUGGUAGUGUACAAGAAUAUCGGUGUCAGCACAACAGACCUCGCGAUCGGAACUGCGUUGUUGGCUAUUGCUGCGGGAGAAGGGAUUGGAGUUUUAGUCAAUGAUUUCUAA